UUAGUUUAGUAUACGUGUUUAUGGUUCUGGAGUGUCAUGUUUAAAGGAGUUUGGAUUUUAACUUUGAUUUGGUUUGUCGACUGUGAACACGUUGAAGGUAAAAACAAACCAAUCAUUGCUGCUCCUGGUGAUGAUGUCAUCCUGCCGUGUCGUCUGGACUCUGAGGAGGACCUGCAGGAUCAGACUGUGGAAUGGUCCAAACUGGAUCUAGAACACGAUCCGUUAAGUUUUGUCUGUUAUUGCAUAGGCGGAGAGAUAAUAACUGAAGUGAUGAUGGAGACGUUCAUCCAGAGAGUGUCUCUGAACCCAGACGGACUCAAACGAGGAGACGUGACGUUAAAGAUCCGGAACGUGACGCUCCAGGAUGAGGGGAAGUACAGCUGCUUCAUUCCUGGGAAGAAGUUCAGGGAGACGGUUCAGCUGCUUGUUGAGCCAAACGGAGUCAGAGCUCCAACCAUGGAAACAUCCCAGUUUAACAUCUCCACUCCAGAUCCAGGAGGAGAGCAGAACAACAUCUGGAUCAGUCGCUCCAGACUGGGUCUUUGGAUCGUUCUUGGAGUUUUUACCUUAUUGAUCCUCUCUGCUGUUUGUAUCUGUCAGUGGAGACCACAGAAAUUCCAGAAACUUCCUUCAGUGAAGACGUGUACUCUCACUGAAGUUCUUUGUUCAUCCUGAGGAUCAAAGGAUGUUUCUCAAGCUGCAGCCACAUGGAAGCGCCAUACGGCCGUCACCUCCAUGGUUGUGUGUGAGGACGUGACGAUGCUCUUCACUCCGUACAGUCUGAAGGUCUGAGGGGUUUUUAGACUAGUCCAGGAGUUCGUGGAUCUCGUAGGUUUGGUUUGAGCAGUUGAACCAGAUUUAUCUGAACCAUGAAGAGUUUAAAGUGUUGCGUUUGUUGCAGAUACCAUGUUUGGUUUUCCGUUCAGAUGGAAGCUCAGUGCUAAAGCGUUUAGAGGUUUCUCUUCAUAGGGUUCCUCUGCAACAGCUCUGGUAGUUCUGCUCUUCAGAGGUCUAGAAGUCAAGAGACCAGUUGGAAAGGUUAAGGAACAACUCAAACAUUGAGACCGGCUUGUGGAAAACAAGUCGUGUUCGUUUAAGAAAAGUUCCUUAUUUUCCUCUCCUCAGAGUUUCACUCCUACGUCCUUACUCAAGUGGGCUCACCUGUUUUUAGGUUUGUUGGGUCUAUGGAGGGUCUAGAGAGGAGCAGCUACACCUUAGGGGAAUACAAGAGUAAUUCCCUUGAGUCUCAUCCCACCAUCUCCGUGAAGGUUAUAAAAAUGGAACGUACCAUAGUGUGUAGUAAAGUGAAUUAUUCGUAAGGCUUAAGAUUGCUACACAAGUUUUGAUUAUAAGCUGCGAAACAUUUUCACCACUAGGUAUCACGAGUUGGUUGAGAAGUUGUUGUAUUAGAAUGACUGAAAUGAAGUUGCCAGAAGUCGGGGAUCAAGAGGUUUUAUCUACUCCACAUUGAUUAUUUCAAACGUGAACAUAGCAUGGUACCAGGAGUGAAUUGAAAAGACAACAUGGAUCUAAAACCGUCAGAAAGUUUGAAGCUGACGGGGAAAGUCGACAAAAAGUGGUGCAUCUUCAAGCAGCACUUCCUCCUGCAAGUGGCAGCUAUGGGACUUGAAACAAGCCGGUCGCUAGGAAGGUAGCGUUGUUGCUAACACUAGCAGAGCCACAGGCCUUUGAAAUAUAUAACAAGUUUGUGAUUGUCAAUCCUGGUGACGAGAAAAAGGUGGAUGCAGUACUGAGUGAAUUCCAUGCUCACUGUUCACCAGAAAAAAAAACGAGACGUACAAGAGAUACGUGUUUCAGUCUCGCACGCAGAGGACACACGAACCAUUGGAUAGCUUCCUGACGGAUUUGUGGCUAAAGGCGCAGUCCCCCAACUUCGCAACACUGAAGGACUCCAUGACCUGGGAUCAGAUUGUCCUCAGAGUGGAGGAUAAUAAGGUCAGAGAGAGGCUACUAGGAGAGACGGAGCUGAUGCUGGCAGGCGCCAUAAAGACCUGCCAGGCGAGUGAGUUGUCCCACAAAUGUGAAAACAUUUAACGAGAUGGAUGCUGUGGAUGGUCGGAGCGGUGUCAUAUCAGCGGAAAAGACACACGCAGACCAGGCCUACACAACAGACGGAGGAGUUCAGCUGCAGACCCUGCGGCUCACAGCACAAGCCCAGACAAUGUCCCGCUUUCGGUAAGCAAUGCUCCAGCUGCCAAGG